AUGCUUAGUUUUGUGGACAACCUUGAGAGUAAAUGUCCCUUAAACGGAGCGUACAAGGAAUUCUUUACAAAGCUGAAGGCUUUCAUGGCCUUCAUAAACUCGGCAUCAGGUUCGUCAUCAGAAUUCCAGUCUCAGUUGAAAGCACAAUCUGAGGGGCUCUUCAAAGCUAUCUCUGCAUUGGGUCUCAAAGGAGUAUCAUCCGCGGAUACCAGCAAAUUAAUUGAUAGCUUGAUGUCGAUGGGAAAAACUUUUGCUGAGUACAAGCGUAGCGGUUCACAAACAAUGACUAGUGAACAAAGGACAGAGCUAGUCACAUCUAUGGCAAAAUGGGCACAAGUGAUUGGUCAAUUUGUGAAAACGGUCAGUGAGAAAAAUGGUGGCGGUUUAAAUAUUGACCUACCGUCUCUUUUAGGUGGAGGUAUUGGUGGUGGAAGCUCUGGCAGUGAUUCUUCAAUAGGAGCUGGAAGCACUGGUAUGGGAGAUGGAAGCAGUAGUGGUAGCGGAAGUCCAAGCUUUGGUGAUAGCACUGGUGACAGUGGAAUUCCAAGUGGUUCUCCCUCUGCUGAAACUGGAAGUCCUGCUGACAGUGGAAGCAGUAUUCCAAGUGGAAGUCCAAGUGAUAUCUCCGCUAUGGGUGGUGGAAGUACAGAUGGUGAUGCCAGUAGUGGAAUGGCCAGUGGUGAAGCCUCUAGUGCUGCUGGCCCGAGUGGAAGUCCAACGGAUAGCUCAGACUCAGGUGCUGCCGAUGGUGGAGCCUCUGAUGCUGGUGCUGCCGAUGGUGGAGCCUCUGACGCUGGUGAUGCCAGUGGUGGAGCCUAUGACGCUGGUGCUGCCGGUGGUGGAGCCUCUGACGCUGGUGCUGCCGGUGGUGGAGCCUCUGAUGCUGGUGAUGCCGGUGGUGGAGCCUCUGAUGCUGGUGCUGCAGGUCCUGAAUCAUCUGGUGCUGGCGGUGGUGCUGAAACAUCUGGUCCUGCGGGUGCUGAAACCUCUGGAACUACGGGUGCUGGUGCUGAAGCCUCUGGUGAUGCGGGUGCUGAAUCAUCUGGUGCUGCUGGUGGUGGAGCCUCUGACGCUGGUGCUGCAGGUGGUGGAGCCUCUGACGCUGGUGCUGCCGGUGGUGGAGCCUCUGAUUCUGGUGCUGGCGGUGGUGCUGAAUCAUCUGGUGCUGGCGGUGGUGCUGAAACCUCUGGAACUACGGGUGCUGGUGCUGAAUCAUCUGGUGCUGCUGGUGGUGGAGCCUCUGAUGUUGGUGCUGCAGGUCCUGAAUCAUCUGGUGCUGCAGGUGGUGAAGCCUCUGGUGCUGGCGGUGGUGCUGAAACAUCUGGUCCUGCGGGUGCUGAAACCUCUGGUUCUACCGGUGCUGAAGCCUCUGGUGCUGCGGGGGCUGGUGGUCCAAGCGGAAGUACAACUGAUAUGUCUACCGGAGGAGAAAGUUCCACAGGUAGUGAAAGCAGUACUAGUGGAAGUCAAGGUGAUACAAUGGCGGCUGGUGGAGGUUCUGCCUACUCAGAUUCUACAGGUGGAACUCCUAUGGAAAGUCCUGCCGGUAGCCCAUCUAACGAAGUUGGAGCAUCCGCUGGUGGCCCAAGUGAAAGUACAGCCUCAGGAGAAAGUUCUAUGAGUGGUGUUAGCGGAGGAGGUACACAAACAGAUUCCCAAGAAAGUUCAUCAUCAGAGGGUGGUUCUGUCAGCGCUGGAGGCAAAUCUUUCAAAGGAAAAAUCGGCUCAGUUAGCUAUGAAGGGUCUGUCUAUGAAAAGACACAUUCGAAAUCCUCAGGCAAAAGUUCCUUUAGCCAUUCUUCAGAUACAAACUCCAACACAUCAAGUUAA